AGAAAUGAAAGUCGAUCGCUCAGUGGGUGGUGGAAACUUAAACCCGAAAGUCUCUUAGUGAUUCAGCUGAACACGGAAAACGCCGAAGCACUGAAGUUACUACAGAAACGGAGAAGAUGAUAUCAGCGCUAAACGUAAGUUCUAUCUGCUCUCUGCCCGUUGAGGGCACAUUUAUAUGUUGUGUGUCCUGCAGUAUGUACAGUUCAGGUUUUCCGGCCGACAUUGUAGACAGUUUCACCUGCCAAAAGUGUUUAGUUAAUUUAGAGUUGGUCGGGAAAAUACGCGAAUUGGAGGACCGCGUUAGGAACCUGAUAGCGAUUAGGCAAACCGAAAAUUGGAUCGACUCGGUUUGUUUAGACAAUUCGGCUACUUCUGAUUCGGCUUCAGUCUCUCCAGGUCCCACUGUAGUCAGUGCACGGCCAAAGUCAGCAGCACCAAUUCAGCCACAGGGCGAGUGGGUAACAGUAAGACGGGGGUCUAAGAAUCCAAAAGGUAGUCCCCCGGCACCCAGGUCACCAAUUCGGACCCAGAACAGAUUCUCAGCACUCCGCAGCGCGCCUGUGGAAACUGAGAAUAAGAAAGUGCUCAUAAUUGGCGAUUCCAUAGUGCGGAAUGUUAGAAUUCCAAACUAUGUUAAACCAGCAGUUAAUGUUAAGUGCCUCGCAGGGGCCAAGAUUUCUGGCAUAGAGGCCGCAUUGGACCGUGUCGCAGACGAUGAAGUAUCUACCUUAUUGCUGCUUGUCGGCACUAAUGAUAUUUAUUCACAGCAAUCUGAGGUAUUAAAGAGGAACUUCAUCUCUCUUUGCAUCAAAGCUAAAAGAAAAUGUCGGAAUUUAGUUGUAUGUGGCCCCUUACCAAGAUUAUAUAGAGGGGAUGUGAUUUAUAGCAGAUUGCAUUCCCUUCACUGCUGGCUAGAAACCUGGUGUGCAAACAAAAGCAUAGCGUUUGUGAACAAUUGGGAUGAUUUUUGGGAAAGGCCUGGAUUUUUCAGAAGAGAUGGUCUUCAUCCUAACUGGAGGGGAUCUUAUGUAUUAUCCCUAAAUAUGGCAGCAAAACUGCCUGGUUGACUGAUUAGAGCACCAUCCAGGCCACAGUCAUGUGAUCUUAAAUCACAGGCUGUUGUUUAUCCCACCUGUUACUUUCCUGAAGCUGUUACCCAUAAUCCUUGUCUUGGGGCAUCCAGUAAAUUUAGUCUUGAUACAAACCUUAAAUUAAUUGAUAACCAAAAAAUAAGGUGUAUAAUUAGACCAAGGGAUAAAACCAGACCCUCCACCAGGGGCAU